AGGGAUGCUGAGCAAGUCGAAGAACGAACAAGUUGAAUUCAGGCAAGUGUCUGAAGCAAGUAGUGCUUUAAGGACAAAUUAUUGCAGAGAGAAGCAGCCGUUCAUGAGAAUUGUUGUGUGUGGGAAUGGAAAAAUUAAGUAGAUUUCUUUAAUUGCCAAGCCUAAUUCUUAACUCUCCUAUGAGCACAACACAUACCGAGUGCCCUGGUGAUCUGCUAGAAGAGAUUUAUGUAACGCGCACCUAAACCACAGGUCACGUGGCUGGCUUUCCGCUCUCGUACUUUUUGAUCGCGGAGGAGCGAGUGUGUUUUAGUUUCCUCAGCCAUGCCGCAGCGUUUAGCAAUACCCUUUUAAAUGCCCUUCCACCGACAUGGCUCUAAGAAGGCUCAUUCAGCAGAACCAUAACGCCAACUUCUUGGGCUUCGGUGCCGGCCCUUCCGAGGGGGAGCAGGCUCUGCCGAUGGACAGCAGGAGGAUCCAGCACCUGGCCAACACGGUGGGGACGCUGCCCCGCGGGCGCAAGCAGCUUGCCUUGGCCAGAUCCAGCUCCUUGGGCGACUCCUCCAGGCCCCAAAGACACCUUGUUGCUAUAUUAAAAGAAGAUAAAGAGACGUUUGGGUUUGAAAUCCAGACUAUUAGAUUUCCGCACCAAAAUGAUUACUCCCUGGAGGUGUGCACUUGUGUCUGCAAAAUUCAAGAAGAAAGUCCUGCCCAUCUUUCCGGCCUUCAAACUGGCGAUAUCCUCGCCAGUAUCAACGGCGUGAACACGGACGGUUUUAAUCACAAGCAAAUAGUAGACCUGAUAAAGUCUUCAGGGAACUAUUUAAGGUUGGAGAUUGUCAACGGGGCCAUGUUUCUGCGGAAAAUGGAGCUCGAGACCAAGCUGCAGUUACUGAAGCAAACUCUGCAGCAGAAAUGGGUGGAGUUGCGCUCUCUGCUCUUACAGGAACAGCGCUUGCUGCACGGGGAGGUGAACGACAACGCUCUGCUGGGCGCGCUGGAGCUGGAAGAGUCCAGCUUGCCUGGUGGCUGCAGCACGCCGGGACCCCUCUUCCCGAUGAAGCCUCGCUUCUCCAGCGAGAGCAGCUCCCGCAGCCGGCUGAGCUCGAUGACCGUGGACAGCGAGGACAGCUUCUACCAGAGCGGAGCCUUCGAGGAUUCGGCUGCAGAGAGCCUGAGCCGCCAGUCGAGCAUGGAUGAUGACUGCUUCUUCCCCAGGGACGGGGACGGCGCUGCCGGGAGGUCCUCCCUGCGGAGGAACCGCAGCAUCAGCCUGGCCAGCAGCGGGUCCAUGUCCCCGCUCUGGGAGGGGAGCAGCUUCACCAGUAGUUUUGGGACCCUCCCACGGAAAAGCAGGAGAUCCAGUGUCCGAAAGCAUCUUUUGAAAUUCAUUCCAGGCCUUCACCGGGCGGUGGAAGAGGAAGAAAGUCGGGUCUGAUGUCGCACGUGUCACCCUUGAUGUCUGGGGCUCUGUCCGCGGGACAGCUCCGUGGCCUGGGACCAAGGGCAGCAGCUCACCCACAGGCACACAAUGAGCGAAGCGUGGUGGCACUGCACGGCAGUCCUCCAGACAACAGUACUGAUGCUAUUUAAAAAGCUCUGGGUUGUUUAAUUAUUUCAGUUUUUAAUCAGAGCACACGGUGGACCUCUUCCUUAAUGUGAAAAAUGACUAACUCUGAAAUGUGAAGAACCUUUGCAGAACUUCCUCAGCAUACUUUAGUGUUAAUAACAGUUUUUAAUUGAAUGCAGAAGUGAUAGCUAUUUAUUUCCUGUUACCGAAGUCAUAGUCUUCCAAAGAAGGUCUUUAAUAAAGCAAGUGCUUCUACUAAAACCAGUGACAGAGUCCCGUUAGAAAGAAGAUGGAGCCCAGAGCGUACGACAGAGAGAGACCCUGGGCAGUAGCGUUUUGAAACGAAGGGCAGAGAUUUACCUGUGGUUUGCGGUGGGUGAUUUACAUGGGUGUGCUGGAGCGGGCCGGGAGCACGCUUGCCAACUCCCCCGGCACGUGCAUGGCCGUGGUCAGGAUCCGUGCCGGCCGUUUCACUGCGUGGCUGCCUGCGCCAGUUCCCGCUGCCGGUGCAAUGCCCCGAGCCGCUGCUGCUGCUCGAGGACGUGCACGCUCCGUAUGUGUGUCAGAAAAAGAAAGGGUGAACUCCACAAUCCACUUCCCAGUCUCCAAAGGAGGGAUCGGUUCCCCUGGUGAGUCGUGAUGACAGCAUCGAUAGACAGAUUUACAAAGUAAACGCCGGCUGCCAUCGCUUUCGCAUCUCUUAGCAGUCAUCGUAUAAACCCUGCAGUAACCUGGUUUAUCAGUUGUGACCUGACCAGCUGCAAUCUCUGCCACUAGCCGAUAUCCCAUGUCCUGCCAAACCUGUCCUAUUCCAGGGGAUUUGGAGUAGAAAGGACCCUCCUGAGCACGCGCACAGCCCCGGGCUCUUCUGCGGUGCCAGUGCACGGGAAGCCGUGGGCGCCCGUGCGCUCCUGCCCCGAGCAGCUCCAUGUGUCCGGAGCAGGGUGCGCCGGUCACCACGCACCCGUGCGGGCUCCUGUGUCAAACGCAGGAGGAGCACGAUGGAGAGCACCGGCAGCUUUUCUCUGCAGUGCCUGCCAGCCUCGCUAGAAACAGCGUUUUCUGAACGGUGUCAGCUCGGCAAGAGUCACCGGAGUGCUGGGGUCUCACCACACCCCCGGAAUUUUACCAGGUUUGAGAAAAUACUCGUCCUUUUACAAUGAUGUGACUAUAUAGCUCCGAGGAGGGCUGUGCCUGGGACCCGGUCCCUCUGCGGUCCUGGGGUCUGCGGGACAUGCCCCUUGGGCUGGUGUUCCCGCAGCUCGUUGGCAGGAAGAUCAUUAACUGUUUGCAUUUCUUCAGGAGCAGAGACUUCAGGCAGUAAGAUUAACUUGAUAGCUUAUGCAAAGUGAUUUAAUAAAUAUGGGUGUAGAUGUGAUGAAAAAGAGAAAUUUUAUUUCCCUCUCAGGCAACACAGAAAUAGGCUGUUUGUUUAGCCCAAGCAACCUGAUUAUGCUUUUCAAAUACAACUGGAAGAAAUUUAAAUAUAAUUUAAA